AUGAGAUCGAUGGGAUGGAAGAAACAAUCUGUCGUGUGCCUUGCAUUGACAAUCGAUGGGCAAGUAAAAUUCGAUACAAUGGUAUGUCCUAAUUUACCAUUUGACUUGAAAAAUCGGGAAUGCGAAAAAGGAUGGACAAAGCGCUUCAGUAAUAGUAACUUUAAAAUUUGCCAAAGUAGUAUUUAUGCAGCACUACCUACAGUGAUUAAGGACCGGGUAUACUACACGAAAUCAAUAACCAAAAUUGUAAAGUACUCGGAUAUUAUUCAAAUUAUAAUUGAUCAUAUUUUGAAUAAGACCUGGGCACUUUACAUGCUUACCCCCGGGGUACUAUGGCAGUGCUCUGGUUUCUCAUUCGGACGAAAACUAAAGGCUUAA